GGGACUAUGAAUCAGCAGCAGCAGCAGCAGAGAAUGGCUGCGGUCGGGACGGACAAAGAGCUCAGUGACCUGCUGGACUUCAGCAUGAUGUUUCCCCUGCCAGUGGCUAAUGGAAAAAACAGACCCACGACCCUAGCGAGCACUCAGUUUGGAGGAUCAGGUUUGGAUGAAAGACCGGGAUCAGGUUCCUGGGGAACGGGAGAUCAAAACAGCUCCACGUUUGACCAGGGAAGGCAGAACUACGGGGAAGGCCCCCACUACGGAGAGCACCGGGAGCUGCCGUCCCACAACAGCCUGUCGUCCUCGCCCUUCCUGGGACCGGGACUAGUGGGGAAGAGCAGCGAAAGAGCCUCCUACUCCACGUUUGGAAGAGACGCGGCGAUGCCGGGGCUGAAUCAGCCUGGAUUCCUGCCCGGCGAGAUGGGAAUCGCGAGUCCGAGCACGCUGUCCCCCACCGGGGUCAAGGGGGGGACCCAGUAUUUCUCGUACCCCAGCAACCCCCGCAGGAGAGGUGCCGAGAGCAGCCUAGAUGCACAGCCCAAAAAGGUUCGCAAGGUGCCCCCGGGACUCCCCUCCUCGGUGUAUCCAGCCAACUCAGGUGACGACUUCAGCAGGGAUCCCGCUGGAUAUACUCCCUCGAAACCUCCCAGCACUGUGUAUCCCGGAGCCUUCUACAUGGCAGGUGAGGCUGUCGCACCAGGAGGCCCCAGGGCCACGAGCUCCGCGGGGAACCGAGGAACCACGGCCGGGAGCUCGGGAGACGCGCUCGGCAAGGCACUAGCUUCAAUUUAUUCCCCGGAUCACUCUAGCAAUAACUUCUCCUCAAACCCCUCUACACCGGUCGGCUCCCCUCAGGGGCUUGCAGGCACGUCGCAGUGGUCGCGAGCGAGCGGACAGGGUGCCUUAUCUCCCAGCUACGAAGGGAGCCUCCACACUUUACAAAACAAAAUGGAAGACAGGUUGGACGAAGCCAUCCACGUGCUGAGGAACCACGCCGUGGGCCAGACGGCCACCCUGCCCAGCAGCCACGGGGACAUGCACGGGCUGCUGGGCUCGGCGCCCGCGCACAGCAGCACCGUGGGCGGCCUGGGCCAGCCCUUCCCGCCGGCCGUCAUGUCCCUGGGGAACAGGCACCCGAGCCUGGUGAACCCCGGCCGGCAGCAGGACACGUACAGCGGCUUGUCCGGGGCGCUGGGGCGCAGCAGCGUCUCCUCGGGGACCAGCGAGAUAAAGAGGGAGGAGAAGGAGGACGAGGAGAACACCUCAGUGGCCGAUAACUCGGAAGAGGAGAAGAAGGAGCUGAAGCCGUCGCGGAACAGAACAAGCAGUACAGACGAGGCCCUGUCACUGGAGGACAAAGAUCUGAGGGACCGGGAGAGGAGAAUGGCCAAUAACGCCAGGGAAAGGGUGCGCGUGCGGGACAUUAACGAGGCCUUUAAAGAACUGGGACGCAUGUGUCAGAUGCACUUAAAAACGGACAAAGCGCAGACCAAACUGAUCAUCCUACAGCAAGCGGUGCAGGUCAUUCUGGGCCUGGAGCAGCAAGUACGAGAGCGCAACCUGAACCCGAAAGCCGCCUGCUUGAAGCGCCGGGAAGAGGAGAAGGUGUCCGGAGUGGUCGGAGAUCCCCAGAUGACACUUUCAGCUUCACAUCCUGGACUAGGAGAUGGUCACAACCCUGUGGGACACAUGUGAAGCUCCUGCCGCUCCUCUGGGAUACAGAGAUGUGUAGGAAGAGAAGACCCUCAGCGUGACCUGCAGCCUUCUCGAACCAUAAACUCUAGUACUGCUAAUACUGACACACGUGGACGGAUCCUGGCGUGACGUAAGGGGUGGAAAAACAAAACGAAAAAACACUUUUGUCAAAACGAAAACAAAAAAUUGCCUUAAGUAUAAAGUGCGGAACAGUCAAUACAUAUCACUCAGUUAGGAGGGGGUGGCGUGUUCUCUUGGCUUGUUCACAAGCAGCCAGCAGCAAAAUUGUGCCUAAGCUUAAUAUUUCUUUUUUUUUAAAAAAAAGAACAUUAGUUACGAGAUUUUUUAUGUAGAACAAAUAGCAAUGCCUUUUGGUUUUUUUUUUAGCUUCUUUUGCAUAUGUUUUGUAAGCAACAAUUUUUUUUUUUUUGUAUUAAAAAAAAUGUCUUGUACCCCCCCGCCCCCGCUUUUCUGCUGCUGUUUCUAUAGUUAAUGUUGCAUCUUUAGGAUCAACCAGAAUAUUAAAAUUGUAUUAAGAGAGACUGGAUAUAAAGAGAGGAAUUCUCAGAUUCGGCUCUGAAAGCCACUAAAAGCGAAUGUAGCCACAGCGAGGGGAUAUUUUUCCUUGCCUGGCUUGUACCUUCCAUUA